AUGUAUACGAAUUUUGAAAAUAUUCUGAAGAGAAAUGGCACUCAGCCGAAUAUUGUGCUCAUACUGGCCGAUGACUUGGGCUGGAACGGCGUCGGCUUCCACGGCAGUCGGCAAGUGAAGACACCGAAUAUUGACAAACUGGCUGAGGAGGGACUGGUUCUGAACAACUAUUAUGCACAGCCGGUGUGCUCGCCCAGCAGGGCGGCACUGAUGACAGCAUUUCAAUUUCCAUUACAUUGUGAAAAUACAAACUUUUGUUUUUCCAUAUUCAAGUUUGGGGAAAUUGUUAUAUCCUGGUUUGCGAUGAUCAGGAACAGACAGAGAGUAGGGAUACCCCUGGACAUCAAACUCCUCCCAGAACACCUCAACGACCUCGGAUACGAGAGCCAUGCAGUCGGUAAAUGGCAUCUCGGCGUUUUCGCGGAAGAGUACCUGCCCACUUUUCGUGGCUUCAAUACCUUCUACGGACUUUACAAUGGCAAGGGUGACCACUUCAGUCAUUGGGACACAGAAAACGGAAUGUAUGGCCUCGACUGGCACUUGGACAUUGGAAGGUAUAACCGGACUAACGUGGUCGACGAAAUGGGGAAUUACUCUACGCGGGCUUUUUCAAAAAGAGCCGCAAAGUUGAUAUCGGAGCACGACUUUGAGAGCAAGCCACUGUUUUUGUAUCUACCAAUCACUGCACCCCAUUCUGCCGAGAAGUAUGACCCGGUCCAAGUGCCGAGAGAUGCAGAAGAAUUAGCAACGGGAACUUAUCACGUUCAGCGGAGAAAGUAUCUGGGUGUUGUGUCAGAAAUGGACCAGUUUGUAGGACGUGUGAGAGACUCUUUGGAGUCCAAGGGAGUCCUCGACAACACAAUCAUCAUCUUCAGUUCCGACAAUGGAGGCACCCCAAAUGGCCAGUAUGACAACUGGGCUAGUAACUUUCCACUCAGGUCUGCUAAGGGCUUCCUGUACGAAGGGGGAGUGCGAGUUGCGGGACUUAUUUGGGGGGACGUGAUCAAGAACCGAUCAGGACAAGUGUCGACUGAAAUGAUGCAUAUCUCAGACUGGUACCCGACUUUGUACAGCUUCGCGGGUGGGGACGCUGCAGACCUGGAAGAUAUUGAUAGUUUCGAUAUGACUGGGGUUUUGACAGGGAGCAACACAACGUCACCCAGAACUGAGUUUGUCAUCAACUUUGACCCGGCCGAAUGCUCAAAAGGUAUGCGAGUCGGGUGGUACAAAUACUUAUUAAAUCCAAAUGACUUCAAUGAAGUAAUAAUGGACGAUUGGUACCAAGCUCCAGGCAAAUGUCCAGGGUCCAAUGAAACCAUGCUUCCAAACACCACGCCUUCUCAGAUAACAUGCGAACCGGUGCCUCGAACUCGUAAAGUCGACCUCAGAUGCUACUCGGAGAAAAGUGGGCUGAAUGAAUGUUUGUAUGAUGUCGAAAACGAUCCAUGUGAAUAUUACAACCUUAUCGAUGAUGAGGACUAUCUCUCUAUCAAGGAGAACAUUCUAGAGCGGAUUGAAUUCUGGGAAAAGAAACAAGUUCAGCCUUUGAUGCCCCCGAGUGAUGUGUCUGCAAACACCAAGUUUUUCAACUACACAUGGGUUCCCUGGACUACAAAUACGACAAUCGAUACACGUUUGGAAAAUUACACGCCUCAUUCUUGCAACUGUACUUUUCCGCCGACGAAUACCGAAUCGUUGAAUGUAGAAACAUAUGACACCUAUGGUAAUAAGUCUCAGGAGCAAUUGAGCUACUGA